AUGAAUACGGUCCUCCCGUUACGACCCGCGCCCGAUGGUGCCGCGGCUGCCGAUGCUCCUCGAGGGGAUGCCGAAUCCAGCGAUCAGAUAACAACGACGACGACGACGACGACGACGACGACGACGACAACAACAACAAAAACUACAGCAGCAACAGCAGCAACCCCAAGUCCGGGCCCUGAGGCAGUGCCGAUCCCAGGCCAGUCCUCUCCGCAACAGCUACGCCAGCCCCAACAGCGUCGUCCAUCGCUACACCGAAACCAGCAACCUCCGGCUCCGUCGCCUCUGAUCCCGCCCGCCCGCAUCCCUCCUCUGCCCCCCUUUCGCUCCUCGGUCGAGAUCAAAAAUAACAUUAACAAUGCGAUCAAGCUCCAACAGCAGUCACAGCCCCCGGAUCAGCAGGCGUCCCAGUACCAAAGGCCCCAACCGUCGCAGCAACAAGAUGGCUCCUCGCCUCAGGGCCAGGACUCCCUCUCUUUGGCUCAGCUCCGUCGCCUGGUCGCCGAGGUGCCCCGCAAUGCCCAAGGAGCCCCUAUGCCCCCCGCUGAACCGAUUGCCUACGACUAUGUGUAUGAGGAUAUCGCCCCACUGGAAGAGGAGAUUGACGAGUGGUUUGUGUACACCUUCCGUCAGUUGAUGCGGUUGACGACAGCGAACCAAGCAUUUGAUGCGGCAUGGAAUCGGACGUACCCGCCUACUGCCGAGCGUUCUGGGACUGUACGAUGGGAUGGGGAAGGCGAAGAGGUUGAAAAGAGGAAGAUGGAGUUUGUGAAAGAGUUGGUAAACGGGGUUCGGGGUGGAGAUAAAGCUCUAAAGAGCGAAGCUGUGGGCGCGUUGAUGUAUCUGGUCUUGGGUAGGUGGAUGGAAAGCGUUAAGGGAGCUGCAAGUCCCAAUCUUGCGGAUGGAAAGGCCCGUUCUGCGGCUACCUGGGAACAACUCAGCGCGAUGCGGGAGGGCGUCAGGCUGUUGACCGAGUGUGGUGGUAUCGAGGCUGUUUGGGAUGCCUUGAAGGACGCAUUUAAUAUCCUCUGGGGUCCCGAUACGCCGUCUAAUAUUCAGCUACAUGUCGAAGAGUUGCUGAACUUGAUGACUAUCAUGUACGUGCUCAUUUCCGAGGCUCUCGAUAGCCCCCUGGAGAUGGCCUUUGUCAGGGACAAGCUUCUUGCACUGGAGCCCAGUCUUGUUAAUUACAUGUUCCGCGCAACCGUCCAGUUGCGAUGGGACGACACAGGCGCUCUUCCUCACCCCCAAGUAUUCCUUCUCUUCUGGAAGUCUAUUCUGCUGGUCUUCGGUGGCAUUCAUGAGAUAGCCGAGACCAAGAAGGCUACCUGCGAGAUGGAAGUGAACAGCGAAAAAGAGGUCAUUACUGCCUCCCCGCUGGACUACCACGUCUUUCGGCAGGAGAUCACUUCAAAAUACCCUGCUUAUGUUCCACCUCAACCGUUUCUCCCCCUUGAAGCCGAUCAGACAUCUAUACUCCCACGUCUUCCUAACCAUCCAAUUAAAAACGACGGCUCCAAUGGGAUUAUCCAACCCCCACCCGGCCCUGCGGGUUCUUCUAUCCUUCAUCAACCUGUUCACAUCGCCACGCCUGCUCCUUCGCCCCCUCCCAGUCCCGGCGUGGGUAAGGGCGGCAAGAAGCAGAGUUACCAGACAAACCAAAACUUCCCAUUUAUGUACCCUCCGCUGGAUGAAACAAGUACCAACACUGGCGGCAAAGGUGCUGCUGCGCUGCAGGACCAAUUGGUUGGCCGGAAGUGGGAGGGUAGCGAUGUUCCUGCUUCCAUACUUGAAGCUGGUGAACUGUUCCACAAGCGCGUGCGCAUGACCCGUGCGACGAGGCAGUUGUGGGCUGAGCGUGAAGAGUUUCUCAAACAUGAGCGCGGCUGGGAGGGUCCUGAUGCGGACAUUAUAGAUGAGCUCGACCUAUCCUCUUUGACGUUAGAGGAUCGAGAGGAGCUCGGACUCCCCUUGACCAAUGACCAACAGAAGAAGUCUGCUGUUCCAGAGGUUGAUUACGGGCCGCGACCUGUGGACGAAGAAACGAAGAGGAGACUCGAUGCCGUUGAGGCAUUCUAUAAAGAAGCGUUGCCACAUCUCCAGUCUCUGGUCAUUGUUCUCCUUAAGCAGGUCAUGACAAUGGCCAAUGGCGCUCCCCAAGCGCAGCAGGACCAGGGAAUCGCUGGCCAGAGGCCUCAAGGCCCAGCCCAAAAAGGCUUGUACGGGAUAGGUAGUACUGCUAGGGGCGAGCCAACGUCGCCCACCGAUGCCGAAAUCGAGGAGCUCCGGAAUAAGGAGAUUGCAUGCAAGGCAGCUACUGGCAUUCUCAUUUUGCUUCUAAAGUGGUUCAAGCUUUCUCACGUGCUCAAAUUCGAAUACUUGACCCAACUAUUGCUGGAUUGUAGCUAUAUCCCGAUGGCACUUAAGAUCUUUGCCGUCCACGACGUUCAGCAGAUGGUUGAGAGCAGGAUCGAUCGCCUGGAGCACAGCUUCUUCUACUUCUGCGGACAACGGGCUGGUGUUAUCAUCCAGCGACCGACCAUGCCGAACCCGACGGCUACAGAGUUCGAGGAUGACAGUGACGGAGAGGCCAUUCCUCCGCCUAUCAAGCGCCGUCGUUCUCCCGUGCUGGCCCCCUCAGCCCUCGCGGACAGCGACCCUCUUUCAGCCCAAGCGCUUGACUCUACAUCCUCCUCUCCGGACCCUCCGGGCCGCCCUGAAGUCGACGAGCUCGGCUAUCCAGUGCACCCCCUGCCCAAAGAGCCAAUCACCGACUUCUCCCGGCGCAACCUUUAUACCCUCAUCAACCACCUGCGCAUUGUGCAAAAGAUAUGCAAGCGCAAAGCCCACCGAAACCUGCUCAUGGUGCAGUACAAGUCUUCGCAGAUCCUGCGCAAGAUUCUCAAGGUGCCACAGCACGAGCUACGGCUAUAUGCUCUGAAGCUGUUCAAAAGCCAGGUGCCCUACUGUGGUCGCAAGUGGCGUCAGUCCAACAUGAGGGUGAUCACGGCUGUUUAUCUGCAUUGUAGGCCAGAGCUAAGGGAUGAGUGGCUUGCUGGUGUGGAUUUGGACACUGAGCUUGAGGAGGCACUGCCGUUGGAGCAGGCUCUGAGGAGUCUGACCCAUUGGUUUAAUUUGAGGAGGUAUCCUGAGAGCAUGCUGGCCGGUGGGUUGAGGGAAGAGGUUUUGAGGGAAGAACAGGACUUCUUUAUGCGGGAGUUGGAGAAGGCCGACUUGAUGGGUUGGUUGCAAAGGGAGAGAGAGGGCCAGGCUAAUGAAGAGGAGGCUGGACAGUGGGAACAUGAAGGUUGGGGAUGA